AUGACUCCUGAUAAAUAUGGAAACACUAUUCUACAUGUUGCAGCUAGUGAAGGAUCACUUGAUGUCAUAAAGUACCUCAUCAAUACUCAUCACUGUAAUCUAAUGACUACUAAUAAUAGUGGUGAGACUGUUCUUCAUCAUGCUGUUGAACACAUAGAUGCUGUAAAGUACCUCAUUAAUGAGUGUAACUGUGAUAUAAUGACUCCUGAUAAGGAUGGAUGGACACCUCUUCAUUUUGCUGCUGGGGUUAGUACAGCUGAAGUUAUUGAAUACUUUUUAUCAACUGGUAAUUGUGAUCCUUUGGCUAAAAACAAUGAGGGGAGGACACCAUUACAACUAGCUAAAGGGAGAAGAUAUAAUACUGUCAUCCAUAUCUUCAAGAAGUUUGGUGACAUUAAAAUAUCUCAUCCAAUUGAUUCUUAU